AUGUGUGGCUAUUUGAGAGUACAUGUGUGGUUUAUGUAUGAUUAUGAGGAAGUGAAAACGACAAAUGAUGGAAAAUUGGUAGAAGAAGGAGAAAGUAAAUGGAAGAAAAUGCUACCGUGUGUCCUCACCGGUCGUGGCGCAAGUGUGACAGUUGCAUUGGCACCCUGCUGCCGGCCAUCAAUCACCAUCAGUAAUGAGGUUCUUGAAUACGAUUUCUGUGUCGAUUGUCAAAAACGAACAACCUUGGCAAAAUUUCCUAAACCAAUACCGAGAAUUUUGGCCAAUCAUCAAUCAACUUCGACUGAACAAAAUGAAUUGUAA